UCAUUAUCAAUUGAAAAUGAUUGGAUCGAAUUCAAGAAAACUUUCAAUCGAUCAUAUGGUUCAUUGAAAGAAGAACAAAUUCGAAUGGAAAAUUUUCAACGAAAUUUAGAAACUAUUCGAAAACAUAAUGCUCUUUAUGAUCAAGGAUUAUCAUCAUAUCAAUUGGGUAUCAAUCAAUUUGCCGAUUGGACACAUGAUGAAUAUCUUCGAUUAAUUGGGCCAAAAAAACAUUGGAAAAGUAUUCGAAAUUUUCAUAAAUCAUCAUCACAAAUCUAUACAGAUAAUAAUGUUGAUGAUCUACCUGAUGAAAUUGAUUGGACAAAAAAAGGUGUUGUAACACCGGUACGAAGUAUGGGCGAUUGUGGUUCUGGCUAUGCAUUCGGUCCAGUUCAAGCAUUAGAAAGUCAGCAUGCAUUGACCGGUAAUCUAGUUGAAUUAUCUGUACAACAAGUGGUCGAUUGUUCAAUAGAUGUAUGGAAUAAUGGAUGUGAAGGAGGUUUAAUUGAUAAUAGUUUUGAGUAUAUACUUAAAAAUCAUCACGAAAUUGAUACAGAAAAAUCCUAUCCAUAUGUUGGUCCAAAAAGUCCUGGUUGUCGUGCUAAAAAUAAAACGAUUGGUUCAACAAUGAAAAACUAUGUUGAUCUGAGACGUUUCGAUGAAUUGACAAUGCAGAAUGCUGUUGCAAAAGUUGGUCCAGUCGCUAUACAAAUUGAUGCUGAUUCGAAACAUUUUAUGCUCUAUAAAUCUGGCGUUUAUGAUUAUGAGGAUUGUAAUAUGCUCUUUCUUGAUCAUGGUAUGACCGUUGUUGGAUAUGGUACAUUGAAUGGUCAACAAUAUUGGAAAGUUAAGAAUUCAAUGGGUACUACCUGGGGUGUGGAUGGUUACCUAUUGAUUGCGCGUAAUAAAGAUAAUCUUUGUGGUGUUGCCAGUACGCCAAGUUAUCCGAUCAUCAAAAUGGUAGUUAUUGAUUGGUGCUUGUCGAUGAUUUUCAAAACAAACAAACCAAAACCAAAAAUGAAAUCUUACUGUUUGUCGAUAUUAUUGAUAUUAUCGAGUUUGGUAAAUUUUUCCAUUACAUCUCCAUUAUUGGAUGAUCGAUGGAUUCAUUUCAAGGAAACAUACAAUCGACAAUAUGCAAAUGAACAGGAAGAACAAUAUCGUCGAAAUAUUUUCAUGAAAAAUGCAGAAUUAAUUGAACAACAUAAUCGUGAUAAAUAUUCGAAAGGUCUUUCAACAUUUGAAUUAGGAUUGAACAAAUUUGCCGAUAUGACUUUGGAUGAAUUUCGUUCAAAACAUAAUGGUUAUCGUGAUGAUCAUCAGAAAUCAUCUAAUAACGAAAAUUAUAAUGAUAAUGACAUUUCAUCAUUACCAGAUGAAAUUGAUUGGACUAAACGUGGUGUUGUAACACCAGUCAAAGAUCAAGGUAGAUGUGGUUCAUGUUGGGCAUUCAGUGCAGUAGCAUCGAUCGAAAGUCAACAUGCAUUAAAAACUGGCAAAUUGAUUGAAUUGUCGGAACAAAAUUUAGUGGAUUGUUCCCGUCCCGAAGGUAAUCAUGGUUGUGAAGGUGGCUACAUGGAUAAUGGAUUUAAAAUGGUUAUUAAAAAUCAUGGUAUCGAUACGGAAAAAUCAUACCCAUAUAAAGGAAUGGAUGAAAAAUGUCGACAACAAGAAAAGAAUAAAACGAUCGGUGCAACAAUUCAUAGCUAUGUUGAUGUUAAAUAUGGUGAUGAACAUGCAUUACAAUCAGCUGUAGCUAAAAUUGGACCAAUAUCCGUUGCAAUCGAUGCCGAUUCCUUGUUUUUUAUGUUCUAUACAUCAGGCAUUUAUAAUAAUGAAAAUUGUUCAUCCGAUUUUAAACAUCUUGAUCAUGGUGUAGCGGUCGUUGGUUAUGGUGAAUUGAACGGAAUAAAAUAUUGGAAAGUGAAAAAUUCUUGGGGAACUAAUUGGGGAAUUGAUGGUUAUGUAUUGAUGUCACGUGAUAAAAAUAAUCAAUGUGGUAUUGCUACCAGACCAAGUUAUCCAGUGGUUUAAACGUAGCAUAGACGACCUAUUCCAAAAGGCGAGAAAAAAUUCAAUUAAAAAAAAUGUUCUUUUUUGUUUAAUGAAUUUUCGAAUUUUCAAAAAAAAAAAAUUUCACCAAUAAAUUCAGAUUAAAAUUUACUGCUAUUCGAAUCGUUCGAAUUUUAGUUUAA